AUGUAUUGGCCCCAGUAUGAGUACGGAGCUGUGGUGAUGGAACGUCUCACUUCGCAAAUCACUCAAGUUUCAUCUCACGAGUGCAUGAAAAUGGUCAGGAAAGAACAGAAAAUGCAGGCGGUAGCUGAUGAACACAACCUUGGUAUUGUCUGUUGGCGUGAGUGGCCAAAAUCUGCAGGUCGCUCGUGGUGCAUCUGUGACCUUGAAGAUUCCAAGGGCUGCUACUCCGCUCUACUGACCACAUAUGAUCUGUGUGGCAUGAGGGUCCAGUCUCUUGACAUUUGUGAUGAGCGUGGUGUCCAAAUUCACGUCAGUGAAUACAAGACAAAGCUGAAAGAGGGAUCAAUUGUGGAGUUGGAGGUCAUUCUGAAGCUCUGGACCAUUAAGCCCUGUAGCAACUCUUCCAACCCUUGUGAUGCCAACAGCUCCCAUAUUUAUCAGAUGAUGCUACAGCAUAUGCAGCUGCUGCCAUGUGAGAAGUACAUGCAGGCUGCCUUCGUCAACCUGAUCAAAGAUGGUAAGGGGAAAAGGAAGGCUGCAGACAAGGCAUCAGAGACAAUGAGUCAGUCACCAACCAAAAAGGGGUCCUUCUCUGCUGUAGUUGGAGACAAACUCGAGUAUAUGGAGGAAUAG